AUGAGCUCGGUGAAAUCAAGUCCCGUAAAGAAAGAGACACCAUCGCCUCAGAAGAAAGAGGUUAUACCAAAAAACGAAGAGUUGCCAGCAGAAGGAGAAAUUGAUGAAGAUCCAUCUAUUCUCUCUGAUCCGGAGGAUUACCUAGAAGGUAACGAAUCAUUGGAUAUCAAUUUGACCAACGGCGAGCAAAAAGUGUGGCUAUUGAAACUUCCGAAAUACUUGAUGGAUCAAUGGAAUAAGCCAGAGUCACUAAAGAGCGGCAAUCCGCUAGGGAAUGUCAAGAUAAGAAAAGACCCCAAGGGCAAAUUGGAGGUUAAGUUGGUUCUAGAUAAGAAACUCGCUGAUAUCCCUCAAGAAUACGACAUCAAGAUGCUAAACACCCAAGUCCGAAAUACCUAUGCAUUCACCGAGGAGAACCUCAAGAAGUUUAAACAAGAACUCACCGAAGUCGGCGAGAUGCCGUCGCAACCAGGGUUGAAAGAAUUGGACGAAAAGAAAAAAAAAUUCCAACCAAGACGCAAGUACAAGUUCUUUCGGGUCCAGAAGAAUGGAGAAGGAGGAGCAGGCCCAAUCCGGAAAUUUAUCCCUUUUGUGAAAACCAUUCCUAAAAAGACGAGCCUCGUUGGCAAGAUAUGUCAUGAUUGCACAAUAGUACCGCUGAGGAAUGAUCGAUCCUAUGCCGACUUGAUCAAGAAACGUGAUUCUUUAAUCCAGGGACCCGAGAGACCUAAAGUUACUUUGCUUACUGAAAUCCCCGGUGUCAUUCAAGCUAGCGCCGGACCUUCGAUCAAAGGAGGCAACACUUCUACAUUCCUCAAGUCGACACAACCCAAGAACAAGGCCGAUGGAAGAGCAAUCAGGAUGCCCAAGGAGGAUCUUUUGAAUAUGUUGUUUAGGUUAUUCGAAGAGUACGAGUACUGGUCCAUGAAGGGCUUAAAGGAGAAGACUAAGCAACCUGAGUCAUACUUGAAGGAGUCGCUAGAAUCAGUGGCUCAUUUGAUUAAAAAAGGUCCCUAUACUUCGAAAUGGGCAUUGAAACCGGAGUACAAGAGAUUGAGAGACGCCGAGAGGGCCGCUCGGUUGGGUCUCACCGAGGAGCAAGAUAAGGAAAACGAAGAAGACGAAAAUGAUGAUGAGGAUAUGGAGGAUGUCGUUUGA